AUGGUUUCCGGAAGCUUGAUUUCCUGCCUCUUGGCGUCGGCGGCCGUGUCGUCCGUCACCGCCUUCGACCCCCAGCUCGGCUUCAACAACUACGUCGAGGUCGAAAACCGCACGCUGGACGAGAUCUACCAGGCUGCGCUGAAGGAGGGCGGCACUGUUACCGUUUGGCAUGGCGGUGACGAGAAGAACCAGCAGGACUCGCUGAAGGCGGCCUUCGAGGCCAAGUUCCCUGGCAUGACGCUGAACAUCACCGUCGACCUGUCCAAGUACCACGAUGUGAAGAUCGACCGCCAGCUCGCCACCAACGGCCUGUACGUCGACAGCGUCAUCCUGCAGACGCUGCACGACUACCCGCGCUGGAAGUCGCAGGGCGCGCUGCUGCCGUACAAGCCGCUCGGCUGGGACCAAAUCCACGACGAGUAUAAGGACGAGGAGGGCUACUACGCCGGCAUUGGCAUCUUCGGCUGGUCUAACGUCUGGAACUCGCGCUACGUCUCCGACGGGCCCAAGGAGUACCAGGACUUCCUCAAGCCCGAGUUCAAGAACAAGCUCGUGCUGACCUACCCCAACGACGAUGACGCCGUCCUCUACGCCUUCGACCUCGUCCUCCGCCAACAAGGCCUCGCCUGGUUCGACGCCCUCCUCGCCCAAAACCCGCGCUGGGUCCGCGGCAGCGCCACGCCGGCCACUUUGAUCGGCUCCUCGAACGGCACCUACACCGCGUCCUUCACGACCGCGCUCGGCCUCUCUCCCCCCGCGCCCUACAACAUCUCCUUCCCCGAGACCUCCGGCGCCUUCGUCACGUGGCCGCAGACGGGCGCGAUUCUGCGCGACGCGCCGCACCCGGAGAGCGCGAAGCUGCUGCACUCGUUUAUUUUGUCCAAGGAUAACCAGGAGGCCAGUGGGAGCUGGAGCGUGAGGAAGGAUGUGGAGGCGCCGGCGGGGUACCCGGAUGCGCUGGAGAUGCCGGGGACGAAUCCGACGGAGUUUGGGAAGUGGAUGGCGGAUCGGGCGGCGGUGGAGAGGUUGAGGUUCUUUUUUGAGGAUAAGAUUGGGACGGCGCAGGGACUGAGCCCGUUGGAGGAUGAUUUGUAA